AGAAGCAUCCAUACCAUUAGAAGGCGCUGUAGUCAUGGAAACAGCUCGAGGUGUGAACUCAGGUGCAGUCGAGCGCGUUCACCGUCCAGGCUGCAACAGGUGACCUAGGCGUUAGACACCGACGGGACCAAGACGUGGAUGUGAUCCGUACUCAGAGACGCGCCAAGAGCUCCGUGCGCACAGAAGUGAGAAAUCUGAAUCCCGCUGGUGGCUCCAUGUCAGUCCCAUCAGAAGCGACCGUGAGCUGCACAGGACUACGACCAUGAGGAGGAACAAACAGAUUGACAUCACGCGUGCCCUCGCUCUGGCUGGCACCUUCAACUUCCUGUGCCGCUGUGCCCGAGCCUGCCUACUCCCCUUCCUCACGCUCUACUUCAGGCAGCUGGGCCUGACUCCUGCCAUGACCGGCAUCGUCAUGGGCUCUAAGCACCUGAUCUCGCUGGGGUGGAGCCCCGUGGUCAGCCUGCUCUCCAGGCACUACAACAAGAGGCGGCAGGUGAUACAUGGCUCUCUUGUGUGUUCGGCUGUGGCUGCUCUGGUUCUGCUGCUUAUCCCGCCUGCAGGUGUGCAAACACAGGCCGCCACCUGUAACACAUCUGAUGUGAGUGUUGGUCCAAGCCAGAGUCUGGGCGGCGACCUGCUCACGAGUAGCGCUGGGACGCACCUACAGGCUCAGUCUGAGGGCACGUUUCCUGCAGAGACACUUCCUGGCAACACAUCUGCCCCUGUUAAGAUGAGCGACCUGUCACCUUCUCAGCACAGUGGUGAUCAUAAACGUGCUCCUCAGCUGCCACAGGGCAACAUUUCUGUGGUGGUCAACAGUAGCCGUGGCGAAAGCUCUGGGGUGAAUCAUACCACCGGCUCUUUGGCCACUGCAGUGAGCAGUGAGAGGACAAAGUUCAUGCCAGAGGAGAAGAGCCGGUUUGACAUCCUGGGCAGCCUGAAGGCCAUGGACGCUCAGCACCGGCUCUUCUUCCUGGUCCUCCUCGUUGUCUUGGUGUGGGAGUUGGCGGCGGCGCCUCUGGAUUGGGCAGCAGACGACGGCCUGUAUGAAUACCUCGACUACGCGGAUGCUUCGGACCGCUAUGACAGCACCGGGGUGUGGGGUUUACUGGGAGCGGCGUGUGGGGCGGGGGGAGCAGGGCUGCUGGUCAGCCAGCUGAGCUGCCUCACAACCAGUCAGACCCCCAGGACCGUGAUGCAUUUCUACUGCUACGCUGGGCUGACAGUUCUGACCCUUCCUGUGGCCACCAUCCUCCCUCUCUACCUGAACAAGAAGCGAGAGCAGGCCAACGGGUUCUUGAAGGUGCGUGGCUCCCCCCACGCCCGGCUCUGCGCCAUCACCACCCUGCUGGUUGGGGUCGUGGGCUCAUCUGUGGACAACUUCCUCCUGUGGCAGAUGCAGGAUCACGGGAGUAGUGAGCUGCUCAUGGGCUUGUCUGUAGCCUUGGCUGUGCUCUCCCAGGCCGCCUUCCCUCUGUUGGCCCGCAGAGUGUCCAGACUCCUGAGCCCAGGACGGGUGCUCACAGUGGGGGCUGCAAGUCUCGGCUUACAGUGCUUCUAUUACUCCUUCCUGUGGGGGCCAUGGGCCGUGCUGCCUGCUCAGGUGCUGAGUUGUUUCAGCAGUGGUGCCUUCUGGUGGGCGGUGAGGAUCCAGUGUGAGGAGGUGGCCACGCCCGGGGCUGAGAGGAGUGUGAGGAGGGUCUACACUGUGCUCUCUCAACACCUGGGGAGCGGGCUGGGGAGCUUUGCAGGAGGCUUUAUGGUGCAGUGGUUUGGGCUGACGUGGCUGUUCAGAGGUGCGGCCAUGGCACUGAUGGCGUGGUGCGUGUGCCUGCCUCUGCUGCAGCUGAGAGCCCCUCCCCAGCACAGGAUCAAUUAUUCUCGUCUGUUAGCGGCUGACGCCAGUGAUGCCAGCGACUCUGAGUCUGAACCGGAGAGAGACUGGCUGGAUAAAGCAAUGGAAGACGACAGACAGCGGGGCAGGAAUAAAGCCCUGAGCCCCAGCAUGUCCAAGGGUUUCCCUUAUCGCUCUGCCAGUCUCACUUCCAGACACGGGCCAUGGCCAAAAUAACCGAUUUCCUACCCUGACAGGUUUAAUUAAGACCCAGGUGUUGACUUUAACUCUCAUUACUGAAACAUUUUCAUGGAAUUAAACACUGGAAACUGAGUCGGCUGAACCGACCGCCUGAGGCUCUGCCAGUGCACAGUCAUUCUGUUACAAAGCAAACAAGGCAGCAGGAUUGUGUGGGGGCAGAUAAAGGACUCGGCCCCACCAGGUGAACACUGUGAUCGUAAAACACUACAGCCUCUUACAAGGAGUGUAAACACAAGGCAUGUGCACAAGGUGAGGCUCGACUGGACCGGCAUCCUGGUGCACCACACACACCCACACAGUCGCUGACUGCGCUCCUCCACCCUGCGCGGUGGUGAUAGAAAGGCGUAUGUGAAACAUUUGGAGGACGGCUGCGUUUGACCUGUGUUUCAAAGCUAAACAUAUUGUAGCUCGGAGGUUUGAUGCUUCUCGAGUUGUAUGAAGUUAGAAAUGUUGCAUGUGGGUUAAAUAAACUGCAAUUUUAUGCAAGGACAACAAAUGAAUCCUGAUAUAAAAGACUCAAUGUAAUUUUCUUUUGUCUGAGCCUGUAUGUUUUCAGACCAAAGUUCUGUGAAGAAUAAAGGAAUCAGUCUUGCAGCACA